AUGACGGGUUCACGUACCAAGCCGAGGCUGCCUAUAGAGCAGCUCUCGAUUUUAGCUGUGGCACGCUUUGCCGAACCGAUUGCCUACACAUCGGUCUUCCCGUACCUACCAGCAAUGAUCCGCGACUUUGGAAUUGAACAGAACAAGGUGGCACGGUGGGCUGGCCUCACAUCAGCCGUCUUCUCCAUUGCCCAGAGUAUCACCGCCGUGCCGUGGGGUAAAGCAUCCGACCGAUUUGGUAGAAAGCCGGUGCUCAUCUGCGGGCUCAUGAGCACCAUGGUGACGUUCCUCAUCUGGGGCAUGUCAACGUCGUUACCGAUGGCGAUUACAGUGCGUGCGAUACAGGGAGCUGGUAACGGCAAUGUUGGCAUCAUUCGAACCAUGGUGGCAGAGAUGGUCACGGAGAGGGUACUGCAGCCAAAGGCGUUCUCCAUCAUGCCACUGGUUUGGUCGAUUGGAUCUGUUGUAGGACCCAGCUUUGGAGGAUUCUUCGCCCAGCCCGCCAAGCAGUAUCCCGAUAUCUUCGGCAACAUGGAGCUCUUCAAGAAGUUCCCCUACCUUCUGCCCAACCUGGUGGGCUCAAUCUUCUUCCUCGUCUCCAUGACUAGUGCGAUUUUCUUCCUUAAGGAAACGUUAAUAUCAAAGAGGGGAGAGAAGGACUGGGGCCUCCAGAUGGGCGUCCGGAUUCGACGAGCUCUGAGUAGGAACCCCAGUUCCGCACAGCGACGCGCCUCCUUCGUCGACGGCGAGGCUACAGCUCCUCUCGUCCCUGGCAAGGUAAACUGCAAGCAUUCCGCAGCCAAGCCGCACUCUGCCGGCCUCAGAGACGUCUUCACGCGCCAGUCCACAAUAAACCUCGUCGCCUACACUUUCCUGGCCUUCCACUCAGUUGCAUAUGACCAGAAUAUCCCCGUCUACCUGAACCACCCACGACAAAAGCAUACUGGCGAUAAUACCCACAUGCCUUUUUACUUCAACGGGGGUUUCGGUCUUGAUAUCGGCGCUAUUGGUACUAUUGUAUCACUAUACGGCGUUGCAUGUGGUCUCAUCCAGUUCCUCAUCUACUCCCCUCUCGUGACUAGAUACGGCGUUCUCAACUGUUUCAAAGUCUGCUCGAUCAUCCUGCCAUUCACCUACUUCUUGACACCCUACUGCGGUCUGAUCGAGGGCACAACCGCCCGAUACACCGCCCUCGCCAUCCUCAUGACCAUCAAGGCCUUCGGCAUCAUCAUCGCCUUCCCCUCGACCACGAUCCUCCUCACCAACUCCGCCACCUCCCUCAGCAUCCUCGGCACCCUCAACGGCUUCGCCACCACCUUCAGCGGCCUCGGCCGAGCCUUCGGCCCCGCCCUCACCGGCCUGACCUUCACAUGGGGCGCCGAGCACGGCUACAUCGUCGCCCCCUUCGCCUUCCUCGCCUUCUUCGCCGCCCUGGGCGCCAUCCCCGUCUUCAUGAUCCAGGAGGGCGACGGUCCCACCGCCACCCCCGAGCUCAGCGAAGCCGAGGACGACUCGGAGGACACCCUCCUCAGCAGCGACUCAGACGACGAUGCCAGCUCGCCCUUGCUGGGCAACUCCCGUGACCAGGGGAAGAGCUACGACGCUGUCGAGACCGUCCGCGCUAGGGAUUAA